ACGCGUAAAUAUAUUGCUUUCUAAUGGAAGGAGAUGGAUUUGUAUGAAUGCAUGCAUUAAUCGGGGCGGGGGGCUUGGUAUCCAAAAAUUCCAUUAGGAAAUAUAAAAAUUACAAAUAAUUUAUCAAAUCAUGACUAUUUCUGAUAACGUUAUAGAAAUUUCCUUCUAACUUCCUCAAUUCCAACCUUAAAAUAUAGCCUAUUUGUGCCCAGAUUCUGAAGAAGUAAAAGACCUAUCACACUUCUUUCUUUGUAACAGGGGAAUCGAUUAAAGCCCAAUUGUGAGGAUAAUCAACUGGUGUUGGAGCAAGCUUUUUGGUUACGACGGUUUUCACUUGAUGGAUGAAAUAUAUAGAUAUGGCCUCACACUUGUCGUCUCUGUCUUUACGAGGAUAAUCAAAUGGUGUCGGAAAAUGCUUUUUUACCUUCUUAUGACAUCAGAAGAAGCACUGCUUUUUAUAGAUGUCAUUACAUCUUACAUCAGUUUCGCAGAGAAUGCGCUGGAAGGAACAUCGACAUAUCUGCAAAUUUUAUUUGCUAAUACAUUGGAUAACUAUCCGGGCCGCUUCAAAUUGGUGGUUUGCUCCACCAUAUCUUACAUCUUUGGAGCACUAGUACUGCUGCUCUUUCAGGAAACAGACCGGAAUACAAAUACAGAUAUUCGAAGUUUUUGCUGGAAGCUGCUGCUAAUAAUUGUGAUAACAGCACUAACGGAAGUAUCCUUGAACCCGUCUCUGGUUGGAAUGGCCGAACGACUAGAAAGGUGGAUCCAUUUCUGGCCUGUAUUUGCCUUCUACUUGGUUGCCGUUGGAAUUUAUUUUUCAUUCGACCUGUUGAGGUCAGAUGCCAAAUUUUGCUACCGCAAUGACCCGAUGUGCAGCGCCAUCUUUGAAGUUGUAUUUGUUAUCCAAAUAGCAGUGUUAAAAAGAUAUAUUGUCGUUGCAACCACUGCAAGAAAGCGUCGCUUGAACAGUCUUGAAAGUUCUACAUGUAUUGCGAAUCGCAUUUCAUGGUGGUCAGACAAGGAUCCCAUUGCGAUUGAAGAGGAAAAUAGGCCAGGCAACACUUGCACUGUUGCACAAGUGAAGGAAGUGAAAUUUUUUUUUGGGAUGGUUCCUAUGUGGACAACUUUCCUUAUAUUCAGUCUGGUUGAACGACAGGGAGCACCUUCUUUGUCAAACAAGCUAGCAACAUUGAUGACAAAUUCCCUGUUACUGUUUUUCUUAUAUUAGUAACAGUCACAAGCUUCGCAAUUGAUUAUCUAUGUGACUUCCUAUUUUGAAAGAUUGGUAAUGAAAUGAAUGGACAACUCAUAAUGCAGUGGAGAAUCGGUGUUGGAAUGGCAUUUUCUUUCAUUUCUUGCAUAUCUGCCUACAAAAAUGCAGUUCACUGGCUGGAUUCGGUCAAGAUAUACAAGCAGCCAAGUAUGCAUAUGGAUAUUUUUUGCCUAACUCCACAAUUCCUCUUAUUGGGAAUUAUGAAAGGACUUUCCGAAAGAGGGCUUCAAAGUUUCUUUCGUUCUCUGCUUUCUGAAUCUCUAAGGGACUACAGGACACCAUUUGGAGAAUGUGUGAUGGGCAUCGGAAAGUUUCUGAGUACACUUUGUAUCCUCCGUUUCAAAAGCUGGUUUGGGCAUGAUAUGGAUUCAAGUUGUUUGGACAAUUAUUAUGCCAUCCUGACCAUUCUAAGUUUUGUUAACUUACUGAUCUUCUGGGUUGCACUUGUGAACUAUUAUGGUGAUGAUCAAUUUUCACCUCAAGCAGUAGAUUCUGAACAACCCAUAGAAGGUACACAAGACAGUUUUGGACCUUCAGUAUUGCUAUCCUUCUCUGAUCAGACGCCCCAUAACCUUAAAUAUAUCAGCGUUUCAAAAAGGAGAACACAAUCCUUACCUGAUAUGAUGCCCAAUAACCCUCCAUAUAUCAGUGUUUCCCCAAGGAUAACACGGUCCUUCUCAGUUUCUGCUUGCCCUAUAACUCCGAAGCUGGAUGAUGCUCACACACAGGAGAUCGAACAACAACAUUAGAAAUAUUUGAUUGUGAACAUCAUGAUGUUUUGUGAAAUUGGGCGAUGAUAUUACUCCACUAAAGUGAUCGGGGAAAGGUAUCAGAGUGGUUGCAAGACUCCUUUCUAUUAUUCCCCAACAAGUCCUUCCUAUUUUGUUUACUUAUUUCUCUCCUUUGUAUUGCACUGCUUUUCUUUCGGAUAUAGAUACGUCUUUGAUUAAUGCACAACAAAUAAUAUUUUUCA